AUUAAUAUUCCCAUUUUGAGCAACAUGGCAACUUCUCGACCAUACGACGGCAAGCUCGGAAUUGUGACUGGCGGCUCACGAGGAAUCGGAGAAGCUGUGGUUCGAGCAUUGGCUGCCAAAGGAUGCAACGUUUUGAUUGUCUAUACAUCUGCCUCCUCCCAACGCCUUGUCGAUCAGCUCUCCAAGGAGCUCAGCACCAAGGACAACAUCCACUGUGGUGCUGUUCAGGCUGAUCUAGCCAACGCAUCUGACUCGGCACCCGUGGUUAUCGAUGCUGCCAAGAAGUUCUACUCAUCUUACAAUCCAUCAGGCCAAUUCCAGAUUGACAUUCUCAUCAACAAUGCAGGUGUCGCCUCCAAUCAGACCAUGAACGACGAAAGCCAGGGACCCAUCACAGCGUAUGAAUUCAAUCGCGUAUAUGACAUCAACGUCCUUGCCCCUUUGCUACUUACACAGGCUGUCGCCCCAUAUCUCCCCCAUGACCGCUCAGGCCGCAUUGUCAAUGUCUCUAGUGUCUCAUCGUCUAUUGGCUACCAAGGACAGUCGGUCUAUGCUGGCAGCAAGGCCGCCUUGGAGGCUAUGACUCGUACAUGGAGCCGAGAGCUCGCUGAGCGCGCGACUGUCAACGCUAUCAACCCUGGACCAGCAUGGACUGACAUGUAUGCCAUCGCUGGAAAGAAGUUCUGGGAUAUCAAUCAACCAUAUGUCGAUGCUGCACCACUAGCAAAGUACGACGGUGAGGAAAGUGUCUUGGCCAUGGCAGGUGAUGACGCGGAAAGAUUCGACAAGACGGUGCGCGAAGGCAUGGGUGGUCAGAGACCAGGUUUCACAUGCGAGAUUGCCGGCACCAUUGACAUGCUUUGCUCCAAGGAAGCAGGCUGGACAACUGGAAGCGUUGUCUGCGCCAACGGAGGUAUGAAGAUGUCUAUUGCAUAGAAAUUGGAGGUGAAAUGAUAUCUUUAAUAUAUACGUACAUUGAAGUUUAGCCUGAUGCACGGCCUGACCAUGGCUUGACUGCCUCCAAGAGUUCCGUGAAUGUUUUGCCCCCAUCACCGCUCGCCUUGAGAAACUCGGCGUAAAUAUCGUCACCAAGCGCUUUGUAGAAGAGAAGGACGCCUGCCCAUAGAAAGUCGACGUAGCUCACCGUGGCUCCCAUGAAAAAUGGGCCGUCUUUUUCUUCAAGCAGCAUAUCCUUCAUUUUGGUCAAUCCAGAGACUGAGUCUUUCCACGCAUUCGCUUUGCCUUGCUCAUGGAACUCAUCCAGAGACAUACCCAGGUCCUCUGCUCUAGUCUCCAGGAAGAACGGAAGACUCUUUUCUGUAAGCAGACGGUGGGCAACUGCGUGGAUGUAGAUGGGCUGGAGUGGGAUGAGAGCCUCCUUGAGGUUGGAGAUGUAGCGAUCUAAAUGCGGGUAAUCGAGAUGCAAGGACGGUUCAGGAUGGUCCUUUUCGAUUCUUGCCGCAAUGGCCAUCGAGUCCAUGAUGUAUUCGCCAUUCGGUAGUCGUACAGUAGGCACGGUGAAUUCUUCCUUGCCCGGGAAGCUAGACUGUGUCAGUAUCGCUCUCAGGUAGGUGCAGCUACAAAUCUCACUAUUCUUGAAGUUUUGUUCGAAUCUCGGGGUAUUCCGUCUGCCAUCUCAGAGUUAAUAGAUGAUCCAUUGCCAUUGUUACCUUGUGCAUGGUGUUGCUGAUGUUCCGGGUAUUGCUUACCCAUUCGGUGACAUAAUCUAGGCCCUUGAAAUUGAGAACAAAGCGAGACUUCCAGACAUUCCAGGACCAGCACCGAACAGGGUCCUUGGUGGGAAUAUCGUAAAGAACAUAUUGUGAGUCGCUAGCCAUUGUAUAGUUCCUGAUUUGGUAGGUUGUGACGUGGUCAAGCGAAUGACGGUUUGUUAGUGCAAU